AUGUGUUUUGACGGAUCGACAAAAACUCACCCAGGCCCUGUGGUGCAUUUGAGUGACAGUCCGAAAGAUGAAGGGAAGUUGCUGGUUGGGUUUGAGAGCGGGACAAUCGUUCAGUGGGAUCUGCGAGCCAAGAAGGCGGAUUUCAGGAUUUAUUACGAUGAGGCCAUCCACUCUGUCAGCUGGCAUCACGAAGGAAAGCAGUUCAUGUGCAGCCACUCGGACGGCAGCCUGACUCUGUGGAAUCUGAGGAACACCACCAAACCCGUCCAAGUCACCUUCCCGCACGGAAAGAUACUGAAGGAUGGAAAGAAGGAGUCAUGUAAACCAAUUCUUAAAGUGGAGUACAAAACCUCAAGAAGCAGCGAGCCUUUUAUCAUCUUCUCUGGAGGGCUUUCAUACGACAAAGCCGGACGCCGACCCACAUUAACCAUCAUGCACGGAAAGGCCAUUACUGUGCUGGAGAUGGAUCAUCCCAUCGUGGAGUUUAUGGUGCUCUGUGAGACGCCCUACAACAAUGAGGUCCAGGACCCUUAUGCGGUCGUGGUGCUUCUGGAGAAGGACCUGAUUGUAGUGGACCUCACACAGAGCAACUUCCCCGUCUUUGAGAACCCCUACCCCAUGGACGUGCACGAGUCCCCAGUCACCUGCACAGCUUACUUCGCUGACUGUCCGCCUGACAUCAUCCCCAUCCUCUACUCUAUAGGAGCCAAGCAUAAAAAGACCGGCUACAGUCAAAAGGAGUGGCCUGUCAGUGGAGGCACGUGGACCCUCGGCUCACAUACAUAUCCAGAAAUAAUCAUCACAGGGCAUGCCGAUGGCUCAAUCAAGUUUUGGGACGCGUCUGCAAUCACACUCCAGAUGCUGUACAAGAUGAAAACGUCUAAAGUGUUUGAAAAGCCAAAGGGAGGCGACAGCGGCGAGGACGACCCAUUUGCAGUGCAGAUGGUCAGCUGGUGCCCUCAGAGCCGCAUCUUCUGUGUGGUCGGCAUCUCUGCGCACAUCAUCCUCUACCGAUUCAGCAAGUACGACGCCAACGCGCAGAUAGUGUCGCUGGAGGUGCGUCUCCAGUGUGAGGCCGAGGACGUCAUCUCUCCAUCGGAAACAGAAAACACCCCAUGUUUUUCUGAACCGGGGCCCCACUCGCCACAGCCCCAUCAACCCAACCCCACCAGCCCCCGGGGAGGCACUCCUGAUGGCACGAAGGACAGCUGCCUCAAGGUGAAGGAGCGCUCGGUGCGGGUGCCUCCUGGAUACCAGGCCGAACUGGUGGUUCAGGUGCAGUGGGUGGAUGGGGAGCCUCCUCAGCAGAUCACCAGUGUGGACAUCAACUCUGCCUAUGGCCUCCUGGCCUUUGGGAACUGUAAUGGCCUCGUGGUGGUGGACUAUUUGCAGAAAACCAUAUUGUUGUGUAUGUCGACGUUGGAUCUGUACGGAUCCUCAGACCCUUAUCAGCGCCUUACCCGUUCCCCUCGCAGGAACAGACAGUCCACCUCAGGCCUUACUGAACUCUCUGACAACCAGCAGUCCAUCGACAUGGAGAGGAGCCGCUCGCCCACCUCAGUUCAUUACCCCAGCUCCCUUCACAAUGACCCCCGAGUCCUGCCCGAGCCUGUGGCCAGUCUGAGAGCCAGCCACCACAGUCCAGUCUUUUACUUACUGGACAAUGAUCAUGUGAAUGGACAUUGCACUAGCCCCACCUCCCAGCCCUGCUCGACGGGGAAGCCCCGUGUCCCAGUGGCUCCGGAGGGGAGGCUUGCCCGCAGAGGCCCUGGCCGACCGCCCUUCCGAAAGGCCCAGUCCGCUGCUUGCAUGGAGAUCUCUUUGCCUGUGUCCCACACUGAAGGUUACGCGUCCAGAAGGGCAAUGCUUCAGCAGUUACACGGAGUCACUAUGUACUCCCAUGACGAGCACCACACCAGCACCACCUCCACACCGUACUGCUGGAGUGAGCGAGAGAGCCGCGAGAACUCCUUCAGCCGCUCGCGUAGCUCCAGUGUGUCCAGCAUCGACCGCGACACCAAAGAGGCCAUCACCUCGCUGCAGUUCGGAGAGUCCUACGCCCGGAAGAACGACCUGCUGCCCACGCCAUGCCUCUGGGUGGGCACCAGUUUAGGGGUGGUCCUGCUCAUCCCCAUGUCCAUCCCCACGGACCAGGAGGAGCGCAUGGAGGAGUCGGUCAGCAUUGGGCCAAGCGGAGCAGUACUAAUGCUAAAGGGCUCAAUUUUGCGUUUUGGCUUCUUGGAUUGCGGGGGGACGCUCCUCCAAAGCCCCUACGAAGUGUGGAGGGACGUGAACGCGCCGGAGGACCCCGACCGGCCGCGGAGACGUAAGCUGGUCCACUUCUCGCCCUCCUCUUCUCAGGACGCCUGCGGGGAUGGCCACCUGGCUGUGGUCUGCUCCGAGAGGCAGGCCAAAGUGUUCCUGAUGCCCUCCCAGUCCUGCCUCUUCGUCCACAACAUCACGGAGUCGUCGUUCGUGCUCAGAGCCGACGUGGUGUCUGUGUGUAACAGUGUGUGCCUCGCCUGUUUCUGCGCCAACGGGCACGUCAUGACGCUCAGUUUGCCCAGCCUCAGACCACUGAUGGAUGUCAAUUACUUACCUCUGACAGACAUGCGUAUCGCCAGAACGUUUUGCUUCACUAACGGGGGCCAGGCGCUGUAUCUGAGCUCCCCGACAGAGAUCCAGAGAAUCACGUACAGCCAGGAGAUGUGCGACAACCUCCAGGAGAUGCUCGGGGAGCUGUUUACGCCGAUAGAGACGCCGGAGGCACAGAACCGAGGAUUUCUAAAGGGCUUUUUUGGAGGAAACACAAACACGUUUGACAGAGAAGAGCUAUUCGGUGAGGCAGCGGCAGGGAAAGCCUCUCGCAGCCUGGCUCAGCACAUCCCGGGGCAGGGAGGAGUGGAGGGCAUGAAGGUGGCGGCCAGCGGCGUGGUGGGAGACCUGGCCCGAGCCCGGAUCGCUCUGGACGAGAGAGGGCAGAGGCUGGGAGAGCUGGAGGAGAGGACAGCCCUGAUGAUGACCAGUGCUGAGUCCUUCUCCAAACACGCUCAUGAGAUGAUGCUCAAAUACAAGGACAAGAAGUGUCAGAGAACGAGGCCGCAUCCGUACACUCAAGAAAAAGGCUGGAAAAUGUACGAAAAGUCGGUGUCCUAUGCGAGUGAAUGGUGCGUGAUCGAGGAGGUGUUUGGGUUUCUGGACCUCACUGUGUAG